UGAUACGGACGUAGCACUUAUAAAAACAUAACAAACUAACUAACUGUAAAAACAUUAAGCAAAAGUAUGGUUUUUAAAAUUAUAUCACAUAUCGUAAUCGGUAUCAUUUUAUUGAUAACUGUAUUUAGAAUAGUCGAUUCUGCACUUUGGAGUUGUUCUGAAAAUGGUAAUGCCGUAGACAUAGACAGUCAGGUGAAGGGAGUUUGGUAUGAAAUAGCCCGUUUACCCAGCAGUGAAGUGCCGGCGUGUUUAAAAAUCAUAGCUCCAGAAUCAGAGGUUAACGGCACAUAUACUUUACAACUGGACUAUAUAAAUAAUGUUAAUAAUGGUUGGGUGCCAACACACGAAUCUUUGGCAUUUCCUUGGAGUGAAGCUAAACACGGCAAUUUUAAUUUAACAUAUUCCGAUGAAAUUGUAAAUGUGACUGUAAAAUUUAAAUAUUUGGGAAGCAAGGGUGGUUAUUCUAUCGUCUGUGGUUACUCUGACUUAGCGUCUAGCAUGUCUAUUAUUCGUAUAUUAAGUAGAAACAAAUUAGUUAACAGCACUGUGAAAAAUGAAAUUUAUGCACUUGCAAAUCUAUUCCAUAUUAGCCUUUCGCAAUUAACAUGGGUUCAACAGGAUGGAAAAUGCAAUGGGACAGAAAAAUUGUCAAUGUUCGGUAUCGGUUUACUGCUUGUUUUGUCUUUAUUUCAAAGAAUUUUGUAGAAUGCUUUAUUGCCAUGAUACUAUUUAUACUAUACUAUUUAUACUAUAAUACCUCUAGGUAUUAGGUAUACAUAUGUAUAGAUAUAGGUAUACAUAUAUAUAUUAAAAUAAAAAUUCAGAAAUAUUUGUAAUGCCAGUUAACGCGCAAAUUGUUUGAGCGCCUCUUGUAAAAUACAUGCAUUCAUACAUACAUAUGUUUAUGUAAAUUUUUAAUGGAAAAAUGACAUAGUAGAGCUAAAAUAUAUGUAUAUGUAUUUGUAUUUUUUUUUUUUUUUUUUUUUUUGAUAAAUGUUAAAAAUUAACUCCACAAUUAAACAUAUUUACAUAUUCCUUAUACAUAUUUAUACAUAGAACAAGCAAUUAAUAUAAAUUAAUGUACUUUUAAGCACUUCUAUGAUUAUGAUACAAGUUACUCGCAUCAAAAAUUAAAAGUCUUCCUUCAAAUUCUGAAACCCUACUGACUGCUGAUAAACGGAAACUUGUACAUAUUAGGGGACUAAAAAAAAAUAAGAAUAAAAUAAAUAAAGCAUAAAAAUAAGUUCUCUAAUUGGGAGAACUGAUUUUUUAUUCCCUUGUGAGCGAGAGAGAAAGAGAACAACGAAAAAAUUAAUUUUUAAAUAUGGAGUAGAUAAGAGGAAUGAAUUUGUGGAUUGUGCAACAUGUAGCUGUGAAAUAAUGGAAUCUAAUAAGAAUGUUUAUAAACAUUUUUAAAGUUUUGGUAUUUAGUCUCAACAAUAUACAUAAUGAAAUAACAAUAUUAUGAACAAAUGUAUAAUAAAAUGCAUAUGUGCGUAUAGUUCAAUUUGAAUAUUGAAUAAAAAAUUUAAAAAAAUGGUGAAUGGUU